GGGGCGAGAAACUCUUUUCCAAAGCGCUCCUCAUGGCGACGGCAGCACUCGCGGCGUCACGACUCAUGUCCCCCAAUGGUCAAGAACCGGUCCAAUAUGCAGCGUACUAAAGAACGCGUGCCAAAUGCAGUUAUAGCGAACAUUGCGACCGGGGCACGUAUGUGUCAGUUAUCCUUUCGUUCACUUUGAUUUGCCUUCACCUUAUUAUUUCUACCCUAAUUUUAGUUAGGCAUUGCAGUUAACUUCACUAUGCUUUCUCUGGCUUCGUUGGCUGUCACUCCUUUAUAUAUAUAUAUAUAUAUAUAUAUAUAUGCCAAUAAGUGUCACAUAUGCCCUGGGUCACAUAGACAGUGGCUCAAGAGGGGCGGACAUUUCGUUUCGAAAUCGACCAGCUAAGCGCAGCAGCGCCCGAUGGUCUCUACCCAUUAGAGAAUAAAAUCCCUGGAUAAUUUGAAAGUAGCGACACUCUUUGAACUCUGCCGCCGCCGCGCGACCUCCUCGCCUCCUCCUCGCCCCUUGUGCGUUCCCCCGCAGCAACCAGUCCUGCCGCCGUUUUUCUGCACGACGAUUGGUCGCCCUGCCGUUGCCCUUGGAAACGCGGUGAUCUUGAGUUUUGCUUGUGUUUUUCUUUUCCGUUCGCGCCAUUUUUCUCCUGAGCACGGCUGGCUCGGCGCUUUAGCUCGGCGUAGCGAACGUUGUACGCUGUGUUUCCUGCUCUAUGCGCUAGCGCUAUGCCGGGCUGUUGCGCUUAUAACUGCAGCAAAAACCCUGAAGACUGUUAUGCCGUUUUUAUACCACAAGGAAAGCGUGAUGGCUUGCGCAGGAAGCAGUGGCUGCAUGACAUUGGCCGAAAGAACUUUGUUCCGACAAAGAAAAGCGUUGUUUGCGAGCUGAGGCGUCUUUCUUAUAGCUCGUAGCAAAGCAUCUCGUAAUGCUGCAUUUUCUUUUUCAUUCUUCCGGCCUGCUCACCAGCGUUUUUGUUGUGGUUGUCCUCAGUAUGCUUAAUAUUCUGGGGCGGCUCCAUCACCUCGCACGUCGCUAACUGUUGUUAGUCAGUCGGAAGUGCAGCAUUAUAGAUUCUGUUUUGCGCCCUGAAAAAAUGAGUGGCAAGUAUACCCGUGGUAUUGCAGGUGACGAGCGUUAGCUAGUCAACAUUGAGUUUUUAAGUUUGAAGGCGAAAGUCUUCAGAUCUCUAUGUUUCAAGGUUGUAAACUGGAAGUAUCACGUGACCCAAGGAAGGCCAGAGGUGACCCAAAGCAUGUCAACCCCUGUAUAAGAGAAUGAUUCCCCAAGUUAAUUAAUGAAUCAUUAGUGAUUGACAUACGGUGGAUUAGGGAGGAUUAGGGUUGAUUAGAGUGUACUAAGGAAGAUUAAGGUGGAUAAGGGAAGAUUAAGGUCGAUUAAUGUGAAUUAAGGUGAAUUAGGGUUGAUAAAGGAGGAUUAAGGCCGAUUAGAAGGGAUUAUGGUAGAUUAAGCUGGAUUAGGGGCCAUGGAACUGGAUUAGAUUUGAUAGAGGUGGAUUAGUGCGUAUUAAGGUAGAUUGGGACUAUUAAGCAGGAAUAAGUUGGAUUAAGGUGCAUGAAUAAGGAUUAAGGUGGAUGAAGGAGGAUUAAGGCGGAUUAUGAUGGAUUAGAAUUGAUAGAGGAGGAUUAAGACCGUAUAGGGUAGGCUAAGGUGCAUUUGGGGCGAUGUAGGUUGAUUAGGUUUUAUUAAGGUGGAUUGUGAGUAUUAAGGUGGAUAAAGGAGCUAUAAGGUGGAUUAGGGUGGACUAAUGUGAAUUAGGGCUCAUUGAGUAUUAAGACCGAUUAGUCUGCCAUAAUCCUCCUAAUGCAAAUUAAUCCACAUUCAUCGACCUUAAUCCUCCGUCAUUCACUAUAAUGCACCAUUAUCCACGAAAGUCCUCCUUAAUGCACCCUAAUACACCUUCAUCGACCCUAAUCUACUCUAACCCUCCUUAAUGCGCUUUAAUCCUCCUUAAUCAACCGUAAUGCUGCCUCAUUGACUUUAUUCCGUCAUAAUCCACUAUAAUCGUUCUUAAUUCACCUUAAUCCACCCGAAUCCACAUUCAUCUACCUUAGUCCACCCUAAUCCUCCGUAAUCUACCAUAAUCCUUCUUCAAUCACUUCAAUUCACCCUAGCCCACCAUAAUCCUCGUUAAUGCACCUUAAUGCUGCCUAAUCCACCCUUAACCUUUUUCAUGCACUUUAAUCCACCCUAAUCCACUAGAAUCGUCCUUAAUUCACUUUCAUCCACCCUAAUCCACCUUCAUCGACCUUAAUCCAACCUAGUCCUCCUUUAUGCACCUUAAUUCACCUUCAUUCACCCUAAUGCACCUUCAUCGACUUUAGUCCACCUUAAUCCUCCUUAAUACACCCGAAUUCAUCUUAAUCCAAUCACUAAUCAAUCAUUACUUUGCUAAUCAUUAAUCAUCUCUUAUACGCGGCUGCACAUGCUUUGGUUCGUUUCCGCCUUCCUUCGGUCACGUGAUAUUUCCUGUAGCUCACAACGGGACCUUGAAACAGAGCUCUAAGGCUUUCGCUUAAUAAGCCACACACAAAGGGAUGUGUCACAAGCAAUACUAGAUCAAACGCACAAAGUAAAGCAUCUGAUCAUUUGGCAGAAAAAUUGUCUGGAGUAUAGAACUCGCCUCAAAGCCCCCUUUACAUCGGUAUACCCCGUUCAUACGGCUUUAGAAAAAAAAAAUGGCUGUGGCUUAGCUAAGGUUAAGCCCAGGAUGCGAAGCAUACUAGCCUUUAUUUUAGUUGUUGAACCACUGCUUAGCCUGGUGAACUGCUGUUGCUUGGCUAUAUUUGGUUCGGCUAGACGAAGAAACAACUCAUGCGUUACUCUGCUUCGCCUUCAAGAGUGGAACGCGACAGCGUUCCCGUCGACCCGCCAAGGGGUGUAAGACAAUGGGCUACGGCGCAGCGACUACGCGCCCCGCAUUGGACGCGGUGAGCGUCAAGCAACGCAGCGUUCGGCGCGGCAACGAAAUGUGCGCCUGAGCAAGCGACGCGCGCCUGAGCCUUAGAAACAGCUCGUUUCUAAGGCAACACCGCAUUCACUAGAGGCGCUUUUGUACCGCUUUGAAGCAUCGUACUCGUGGCUCAGUGGAUUUCCUCUUCAGCCACCGAGGUGAGCGGACGCGGAAUGUCGGGCUCUUCACGAGCGGCUUCAGCGACCCUUUUGGGCCGCGGUAUCAGGUCAACUGAAAAAGCAGGUCAGGACUACCAAAUGAUUUUGCCAACGCUGCCAACAGGUACGUCCGUUCUUCAUACGGUUUUUUUACAUGGUGACGUUAAGGCGAGGCCUUACAGAGUGGAACAUUUUCGAGACGCUCUUACACGGCUGUCUCUCAUGCCGGAAGUGGUUGCACUGGGUGCAUAUCAAAUGAACCAUCUGUGGGCGGUGACUUUCAAGGACGAAGAAGGGAAAAAGAGGAUUAUCGCUGCAGACGCGUUUGAUGUCAAAGACCAUCGCUGUGUAGUCGUCGACCCGUGUGACAGAGGCGUCCGUAUCAAGCUCUACUGGCGCCUUCACGGUGUACCUGACGACGACGUUCGCACUGCCUUGUCGCCUUUUGGAAAGGUGACUGAGAUCACCAGGGACAGGUGGCGGGUACAAGGAUGCGUUGACAAAGGGUCAACCACCCGUACUGUCACUAUCAAGCUGAAGGUAGGCGUCACCGCUGAAGACUUGCCCCACCAGCUGCGAGUGGCGGAAGAUGUUGCGCUCGUGCACGUCCCUGGCAGAGCUCCCCUCUGCCUCCGAUGCCGCGGCAUCGGGCACAUCCGACGCGAGUGCCGUGUGCCACGCUGUGGGCUUUGUCGUCGUUUCGUCCACGACGAGACCCAGUGCGUCCGAACCCAUGCCACAGUGACAGGCCCGGCAUUGAAGGAAGAUGUCACAGAUCACUUGAUGGACGUGGUCGACGCAGUGGAAGCCGCAGGCGAAGGGAAAGAGACCCAGCCCUCGGUGUUAACGCCCCUGAAGAAGGCCAUGACUGUUAAUGAAGAAAAGUCAUCGGACGGCUGGAAAGACCCAUGGGAUGACACGGUGGAACCAACUCAUUAGAGGUCGAGGUAAAAGAGGCCAAAGAAACGUGCACAUCAGCAGAAGUGACGACCGGUGAACAGCACGAAACUGACGACACCGUGAUGCCAACGUCAAGUAGUGCACCUGCUAAGAGGCUUCACGAAGAGGCGGAUGAGCAAGAGGAAAAGGAUCAAGAGACUGGGAAUGACGAGCCUCCUCCGAAAGCUACCCCGGGACGCCGACCGGCGUUCAAGCCCAAGCCCGGCGUUCCUGCCAAACGCCGUUCUACAACCCAGAGGCCUCCGCGUUAGCGGAGGCGUUCCUGGGUUAGGAAAAAUUGUUGUUGGGGUGUGGGGUCUGGGGUUUGUGGGCAAGAUGUGCGUCGGCCGUCGUCAUUGGGCUUUGAUGUCUAGAAAACCGUGGUCCGCCUCCCUAGACCGUCGAGUCAUCGUAGCAGAUGUGAGACGGACGAUGUGCGGUAAUUGGUUUGGAUUCUCCUCCCGUUAAAUGGCAGCUAAUUUUUCGACUGGUCUUUGUGUCGCGACGUUGAACGUGCGUGGACUUAGCGGGCGUAGAAGGCAAUGCCAAGUUAACCGUAUUCUUAUUGAAAAUAAUAUUGACUUAUUGGCCAUUCAAGAAGCAAAAAUUGCAACUGAUGAAUGCACGGAGCAAAUGGUUAACGUUUUCCGUCCUAGAUAUACCGUAAGUGUAUGUCAUGCGGCGGGUAGGUCUGGGGGCUGCCUUAUUCUUUUGCGUAGCAGUAUUGCUGUAGUUGAAGCCGUCACAUCAUCCGAGGAUGGCAGAAUGGUCCUCUGCGAUUUUACUUUUUCAGAGAUACCUUGGAGGGCUAUAUGUGUUUAUGCUCCGAACGUAGCACGGGAGCGGGAAGUGUUUUUUGGUGAUAUUCAGCAGUACUUGAAUUGUGAAAGACAUGUCAUAUUACUGGGUGAUUUUAAUUGUGUUUGCUUUCCAGAAGAUAAAUCUAAGUUGACUAGUGUUUGUGAUAAAAGUGCGUUGCUUUUAAGUUCUAUUGUAAGGCAACAAGAGCUUGAAGACAUUGGUUACGUGUUGUCAAGUGAAAACCAUACCAUGUAUACGCACUAUCAAGGUCAGUGUCAUGGCAGGCUAGACAGAAUUUAUGCUCCGUUAACCUUUGUACCGUUAUUUUCAAGUUAUCAAGUCUUACAUGUUAGUUUUAGCGAUCAUUGCCUCGUUAUGUCAACCAUAGGAAAGAAACAAGAACCAUCUAAAUUCAGCUGGGACUUAUGGAAGCUAAAUGAUAAGCUUGUGCAAGACGACGUUUUUCAAAAGGCAGUUCAAGAAAAGCUCGAAAAUUUGCUCAGCAUAACUACGUCAGCGUUCUUCAUUGCAGAAUGGGAACUCUUCAAAAGAGACGUUAAAUUCACCGCGAUAGAAAGAGCAUGCGUAGUCUGUCACAAAGAAAAAGAGCGUGAGAAGGAAUUACACCUUAGGCUAAAAUAUAUGCUCAGCGCAGAAAGCUCUACGCCUGGCUUAUUUUCGAAAGAAAUUAAAGAAGUUAAGUCUGAACUUGAAGUCAUGGAUGAAGAAAAGUACAGGGUUGCGGUAUUAAGGGCAAGGGCGGAGAGUUUAUGGAUGGGGGAAACGCCUACCAAGCGAGCAAUAAGUGACGAGAAGAAACACGCGGUUUCCAAAGAAAUAACAGAGUCUCUGACUUUGGGACCCUUGUCUGUAUACCAUAUUUUGUAACAAAUUGUUAUGAACGAAUAAUAAACUGAAACUGAAACUGAAGGGGAAGUCACUAGUGAUGUUGGAAUGAUUGAGCACGCAUUUGAGUCUUAUUAUGAAAGUUUGAUGGGGAAAAAGACAUGUGAUAUCGAAAGGUUUAGAACUGACUUCUUGCCAUUAAUGCCAACAUUAUCAGACGAGGUCUGUGAAACGCUCGACAGACCAAUAAGCCUUUCAGAAGUUGAGGAUGCGAUUAACGAACUUACUCCCGGCAAGUCGCCGGGGCCUGAUGGUCUGGGAGGGGCUUUCUAUAAGAGCUUUAAAAGUGGAAUAGCUGUAGCACUACAUCGCGUGAUAAGGGAGAUGUACGAGAAUAAGGAAGCACCUCCUUCUUUUCGGACAUCGCACGUUAUUUUAAUUCCUAAAGUAAAAGAUCGUGCGCGACUUUUGGCGGUUGAAGCCUACAGACCAAUAAGCUUGACAAAUACGGACUAUAAAGUUUACACUAAAGUACUGGUGCGACGAUUGCAGACCGUUAUAAAAGAACUUGUGGGCCCCCAUCAGACAUGCGGUAUCAAAGGCAGAUCGAUCUUUUCGAAUAUACAUACUGCAAGGACCAUACUGGAAUGCUGCGAUGAGAGAGAGGACAGAGUCGCUAUGAUACAAAUUGACCUUGAAAAGGCUUUUGACAGAGUCGUCCAUGAUGUCAUAUUUUUGAUCUUAGAACAUGUCCAAGCCGGUGCAGUGAUAACAGAUGGAGUAAGAAUGGUAUACAAAGAUUGCACUGCGCAGUUAGUAAUUAAUAGAAAAUUAGGCGCCAGUAUAAAAGUGGAAUCAUCAGUAAAACAAGGAUGCUGUUUGUCGCCUCUUUUAUUUGCCUUGUAUUUAGAGCCUUUCUGUUUGAAAAUAAUUAAGAGCCAAUCUAUUCGUGGGUUUAUCUACGCAGGAAUUGAGACUCGAGUUCUGGCUUAUGCAGAUGACGUGGCAAUUUUUUGCCGUGAUACAGAAAGCGUGAAUAACACUAUGAAAGAGGUUGUUUCCUUUUGCGCCGCAACUGGAAGUGUUGUCAGCUGGACUAAGUGCCUAGGUUUAUGGCACGGCAGCUGGCCACAGGCACCCGAGUUUUUUUGCAAUAUGAACUGGAGCGUUACCCCUGGAAAAUAUCUUGGGGUGCCAUUACAACAUUAUCGUGACAGUGCCGUGCAUUGGAUCGAAGAAGUAAAAAGAGUUAAAGAUCAGACAGAAAAGUGGGGCGGGCAUAAUUUUUCGAUGUUUUCAAGAGCUAGUGUUUGCAAUUAGUUUUUAGUUACAAAGGUGUAUUAUGUGCUACAAGUGUUAUGCAUGGCAAGGAUUUCGGUGCCGAAACUUCACAGAGUGUUUGCGGUAUAUAUAUGGGGAUCCACUUGGGAGAGAACUAGCCGGUGUAACUUGUUUCAUUCGGUGAAGAAUGGAGGACUAGGAUUAACACAUUUGUUUUUGAAACAGAUUGUUAGUAGGUUCUUUUUCUUAAGGGACCAAAGUGAUAUAUUUCUGCGUACUGUUAUUCAGGUGAGAUUGAGUUCUUCCUUGCCUGAGUGGGUUGUCUCAUCAGCAAAUGAACGUCCUCGAACACCAAUUGGCUUUCUGAGGGAAGUUGUUAUGUCCUUUUCUUUACUGAAAGCGCAUUUUUCGAAUGAAUUUUUGACUUCAGUGACGCGUAAGAAACUUUAUAGUGAUCUGGUUGAUGUUUUCUUGCCGCAUCCUGUUUACCGCAUGAUGUAUAACUUAGGACCUGAACGCAAUGUGCUGAAACGCGUUAGAAAAAUGCCGAUUAGAUCUUCAGCGAAAACCUCCUUUUUUCAAUUGCAUUCGGGCACUAUCCUUGUGAAGCCAUGGCUGCAAAGCAAGGGCUUCUUUGUUCCAUGGUCUGUUAACUGCAUCAUAUGUAAGAAACCUGAAACUAUUGAGCACAUCUUU